CAAGACACACACAAGCAUUUUACAAAAUGGCCUCCUUAUUACGUUUGAAUGAUUAUGACAGCCAUUCAAGUGAGGGUGACAGCGAAACAGAUGAAAAAACUGAAGAUUUUACAACUCAUUUACAACCUAUUGAUAAAAGCAAUAGUAUAUCUUCAUCUAUUGCGUUAAAUGCUGCACCGGUUGUUGUUUCAAAUGAUCUUGGAAAGGCACGUGUGAUUGACAAGACCGUAAAAGAAAUAAAGUACAACCCUAAAUAUGAAGAAUUAUAUGCCCCUGAGGCCGGGCCAGAAAACCCAUAUAAAACCCAGCAGUUUUCAUCUAGUCGAAACAUGUUGGCUGGGUUCGUGGAAGAAGCGCAUGUAAACGACUUUCAGUUUGAGAAUCAGAGAAGAACAUUCACAAGUUUCGGUUAUGCCAUGGAUCCGAGCGUCGACAAGGAAGUUGCUGACGAAGUCGUAGUUGGAGACGUAAAAGCUUCAGAAGAAAGCAAAGGCCUUACAGUGUUUGAAACAAAUCCACAAAAAGCUGCGAAAAGGAAAAAGAUGCAAAAUCGUGAUCCAUCUGACAUUGAGGGCUACCUGGGGCCGUGGGGCAAGUACCAGGAUGAACAGACGGUCAUGAAGCCAAGUGAAGAGGAACAAAAGGAGCUUGACGUAAUUCUCGCCAAGCGCAGUAAAGCUGGAAAACAGGUGGAAGAGAAAGCCAUGGAAGAGAAAACAACAUUACACAUCAAAGAUGCCUACGACUACCAAGGCCGAUCAUAUCUUCAUGCCCCGCAGGAUGUUGGCGUGAACCUCAAGUCGGAGUUUCCACCAGAGAAGUGUUUCCUGCCGAAGAAGCAGAUUCAUACGUGGUCUGGUCACUCCAAGGGGGUUGCUGCUAUUCGAUGGUUUCCACAGACUGCCCACCUGUUACUGUCCUGUAGUAUGGACUGUAAGAUAAAGAUUUGGGAGGUAUACAAAGAGAGACGGUGUAUUCGGAGUUACAUCGGCCACAAGCAGGCAGUGCGCGACAUCACCUUUAACAACAGCGGCAACGAGUUCCUCAGCUGUGGAUACGAUAGAUACUGUAGGCUGUGGGAUACAGAAACAGGUGAGUGCAAGUCGCGCUUCACGAGUCGCAAGGUACCGUACUGCAUCAAGUAUCACCCUGAAGAGGACAAGCAACAUCUGUUUGUUGCCGGAACAUCCGACAAGAAGAUUGUGUGUUGGGAUAUCCGGUCGGGGGAAAUCGUUCAGGAGUAUGACCGUCACCUUGGUGCUGUGAACUCCAUUACGUUUGUUGAUCAGAAUCGUCGGUUUGUCAGCACCUCCGAUGACAAGAGUCUCAGGGUCUGGGAAUGGGAUAUUCCUGUUGACUUCAAAUACAUCGCUGAUCCAUCUAUGCAUUCCAUGCCAUCCACAACGUUAUCACCAAAUGGUAAAUGGCUGGCGUGUCAGUCGAUGGACAACAAGAUCUGUGUUUUUAAUGUUCUCAACCGGUUCAAGUUCAUGAGAAAGAAGACGUUCACUGGGCAUAUGGUUGCUGGUUAUGCUUGCUGUGUUGACUUUUCACCAGACAUGAGCUACAUUAUAUCGGGUGAUGCAGACGGCAAGCUGUUUGUUUGGGACUGGAAAAGCACAAAGCUCUACAGCAAGUGGAAGGCACACGAUGACGUCUGCAUUGGAGUCCUCUGGCACCCACACGAGACAUCCAAGGUUGCUACCUGUGGGUGGGAUGGUGUCAUCAAGUACUGGGACUGAUCACAAACGAUGUCGGUAGAGUGGUAUCAGUUGUACUGAUGGAUAAUGAACAGAGUAAGGAUACAGGAAUGUAAUUGCUAUCCAUUUCAUGGCCUAAGCAGUGCUUCAAGCGACCAAGUGGCUCAGCUCUAAAAGCAGAGAUGGAAAGCAGAUUUAAAAGUGCUCUGGAUGUGUAUAGAAUUUGGAAUCCCGUGUUUGGGAUCUUGUGUAGAGAACAAGGUUCUUUUCAGGAAAGCAAAAGUGAAGUCUGGUACAUCAUCACCAGACAGGAUGGCAUUUAAAAAUAAGGAAUAAAAUUGAAGAUCACAAGAUUGUUAAUGACUGGAUGAAAUUUCACAAGAUACCUCAUUUGUCAAUAAGAUAUUUAGGAGAAGCCUGGGUGAAAGAUAACUUGAUGAUAAAGUCAUCUGAAAAAACCAAAUUGCAUCACUAGGGAAGAAAUUGGGUCAGUGAAUGAACAAAUUAGAAAAUAUCUCUUGGUUAUUGCGAAGGAAAAACAAAAAUUGAGAGGGCAUUGAUUGUUCACUGUCGAAUAUCUGGUUUUUAAACACCGCUCAUAUUAUGGUAUGGGAUUGUCAUCCCAAUAUUUCAUUGUUCAUUGUAGUACAUGAUCUCUCACCCUAAUGUAUAUAAUUAUGUACAUUGUGUGUACAUAGCAAUUUUUAAAUAAAACCAUCAUGUUUUUUUAAAAA